AUGGAAAGUGAGAAAAAUCAUUCUAAAAUGUUUCAGACUAGUAAUGAUUUACUCGCAAGUUCGGACGCUCCAUCGCAACUAAAUCGUGUAGACACAUCCGUGAAUCGAGAUAACUCGCCAAGACUUGAUCUCAAAACAAUGUGGCAUCCUAUUUCGAGCAUUAGCGAAGAAUGGGAAAUUGGAAAUCCCCGAACAUAUCUUGACAAAGUGCUUGCAAGAUACGAGCGGAGAAUUAUAAAACUUAAGAAACAGCAAAAUUCAACCUUGGUGCAAUCGCAAUCGACUCCACUGUGUUUCGAAUCUAUUGAUGCGCAUUCCAUAUCAGUUGUGAAUAGCUCACAAUUACCUAUACAUCCUUCCAUAUUACAUUCUAAUAAUUUAUCAUCAGCAGUGAAUCAUUUUGGCUCUGCAGCAGCAUCAGCUGCAAUGCAUUCGCAAUCAAUUCCAUAUCAUGCGGAAGCAGUUCAGCAACAUGCUAUGCCGGCUCAUGAAAAUUUAAUAUCAUCUGUCGAACUCCAUCAAACAGGAGCGACGGAAAAUGGUGAAGAACUGAAAACGAUGUGGCAUCAGAUGUCAAUAAACGGAAAACUAUUACCACUGGGAAGCCCUCGUGAAUACCUUGAUAAAGUGCUUGCAAGAUCCGAAAGAAGGGCUGCAAAGAAGAAUGCGGUGGAACAAUCCUCGAAAUCAGCUGGUGAGCAAUUACAAUCUAUGGUGCAUUUGACACCAAUUGAUGGAUACUUAGCAUUAGCACCUAUAAGUAAUUUAGUAUUAGAUGCUCAGUCUUCAUCACCAAUUACUGAGCAUCAGUUGACACAGGAAAUAGAAUAUCUGAUAUCUGAUGUGGAGCCUUCAGUUCAAGCUUUUCAAUAUCCACUAUUAAAUUCACAGUUUCCGAUGGUUGACCAGGUAGAAUCGUCUUCUGAAAAAUUAUCUUUUGUGCAUCUUACAGUUUUAGAGGAGUCUGAAUCAUCUUCAGAAUUUCCUGAUGAUGCGCAUCAAAUGCUUUGGAAAUAUAAUCCAGUAACCUGGAUGUUAUCUCCGGUGCAGAAUGAAUCAGAACUGAUAAAUCCAUAA